AUGUUACCAGCUAGAAUCGCAGAGGAAAUAUUGGAAGAGUCUAAUAAGGAAAAAAAUAACAUCAAUGAUAUUAUUCACACUAUAACUAUAACAGAAUACUCAAACUCAAAGGUAGAGCAUAUUAGUAAUACUUUACAGAUUGAAACUCAUCUACUAGUACAUUCAGACAUUGUCAUUAUUCAGAAUAAGACAGCAAAGGAGAUGGCUGAUCUUAUUAUUAUUAAAGUUGAAGAUAAAGAUGACUAUUCGUGGAAGUAA